GGUUUACAACAACGAUGUCUGUCUUACCGGCUUUUUACCACUUGCUUGUUUUCAUAUUUCUAGCGUAUUCUUUAACUUACAACCUUUUAAAUGUUAAGGAUGAUCCAGGAACCGGCAUGUUUACCUACCGGGGAUACGGAGGGAAAUUCAAAUUUCUUACUUUUUGGCUUUUCUUACUUCAGACAUUCUACUUUGGAUUUUGUUUAGUCAAUGACAUUUUUGGAUCCAAUAGUCGACCUUCACAGUCCAAACGCUUUCAUCCAUCUAGAUUGCAAAGAUGGAGGGAUGUCCUUUUGUCUAGUGUUGUGUUUCCAGUAGGAAUGUUUGUAGUUUGUACCUUCUGGGGGAUAUACUUUGUAGACAGAGAAUUAGUUUAUCCUAAAAAACUUGACAAAUUUAUUCCAUCUUGGCUGAAUCAUGUUAUGCACACCACAAUAUUGCCGUUCCUGUUAGUAGACAUGUAUAUUGUCUACCACCAUUUCCCCACACGCAUGAGAGGGCUGAAAAUCCUCAUGAGUUUUGCUUGUUCAUAUCUUGUGUGGAUACUAUGGGUAGCCUACCAUGCUAACAUAUGGGUGUAUCCAGUUCUUCAAAUUAUGGCACCACAUGAAAGAGUCAUCUUCAUUGCAGUACUUAUCGCUCUAUUUGUUAGUAUUUACCUGGUAGGGGAAGGCCUGAACAAGUUCUUAUGGGGGAAGGAAAGAAGACACUAUCAAGUAAUGCUAGGAAAGUCACGGAGUUGAUAUAGCAGCAAAUAGACUUACAGAGUCCCUGUACAAGCCACUGUGAUAUAUAAGUGAUACAGAGCUGGCAGGGACCAAUUAUUAUUACAAUAGCAUUGCCUAAUAUUAUUAAUAUCCUGAGCUAAUAGUAUAAUUAUGUUGUGGCAAUUUUAAGACCAUUUUUGAUGAGGUUAUAGUCAUAAUUACAAGUGAAAGCACUUUUGAUUUAUUUAUGAUGUUGAGAGGUAAACUAGUUAUGACAGCCACAUUUGGAAACUCAUGAUAAGGACUGCUACAUUUUGUUAGCCCACUAUCAUAGUAUCAUCCGAUGGUGGGCUAUUCAAAUUGCCCUACGUCUGUGAUCCGUGAUCCGUCAGUCGUCCAUCUGUUUGUCCGCAAGCAAUCCUUGGUAUCACUAUUUCUUGAAAAGAACUGCAGGGAUAUUCCUCAAACUUCAUUAGUAUUGUGUAGGUUCCCCUUGGUCCCUAGUUGUGCCAAUCAAAUUUAGAUUUUUUAUCAGGCAGCCAUCUUGGAUUUUGAGAAUUGAAGUUCUUGAAAAAUACUGGAAGGAUAUUCCUCAAACUUCAGAUGUAGGUUCCCCUUAGUCCCUGGUUGUGCCGAUCCAGUCAAUUUUUGAUCAGAAAACUAAAAUGGCCUACAGGGGGCCAUUUUAGAUUUUGAGAAUUAAAAUUUGUUAUAGCUAUUUUUGAAAAGCACUGGAGGGAUAUUCCUUCUUCAUGCAUGUGUAUGAUCCCCUUGGUCCCUAGUUGUGCCAAUUUAAUUUUGCUUGGAGUACUGGAGGGAUGUGUCUCAAACUUCAUGUGUAGGUUCCCCUUGUUCAUGUUAUUAGAUUGUUAAGAGGAAAAAAAGAAAUAAGAAAGAAGGAAAUAAUAGAGAGAAGAUCAGUCUGUCUCAGAACAAUGGUGGGUGCCAAGAUCCCUUUGGGAUAUCUGAUAUGAAAAAUACAUUAUGCAAUGCUGAUGAGGAACUGACUCAAAAGCAAAUACCACUGUGUGAUAACAAUAGUAAUACAUUGAAAUGUGCAGAUUUUUAUGUUAUAUCUUUUCAAAUUUUCGAAGUGAAAAUGUUUUGGAAUGCGUUCAACACUUGAAAUUGUUUAAGAUUACAGAUAAAAUAUUUCAAAUGUCAAAUGUAAAAGAAAUAAAGAGAUGCAUUCAUAUUUUAACAAAUGAGCCUUCUAAGUGGUAUAUAAUGACUGUAAUAUGUUGAGCCAGUAAACUUAUGCCUUGAUAAUCAUGUAUCAUACUGCCACUGUCUUAAGACUUAUGUUUGAGUGUAUCUUAUUUUGAUUUUGAAUUAUGAAUGUAAUGCAUAGUUGAGAGAAAAGAUGAUUUUGUAAUGUGGAACAUUGUAUAAUCUGUAGUCCUUGCUAUAGUGUGUAUCAAUCCCGUUGUCUCCCCCAGAGUGAUAGUUCUUAGAGUGAAGUUAUCUUUGUGAAAAGUUAUCUCCCCUUAUGUGAUAAAGUCAAAAGCAACUAACACCUACUAUUGAAAUCUAUACAGCCUGAUUAUAAAAGUACACAAAUACUAUAAACAUCUAGUUAGUUUACAUAUGAUAGAAAGUUGUGUAAUUUAAAAUCAGACCUUUGUAGGUUAGUAUACUGUGUUUUACUCAGGUUUAUCACUAAUUAUGUUCACAUUCCUCAGUAUUAAAUUGUAUGAUCGUGAUGACAUAUUACUUUCAUCUCAGUCUAUGAAUAUAUCUGUGAAGUGUCCAUCCAGUACUUGUACCAACCAGUCUUUCAUCCGGAUGAAAACUUGACAGGGAAUGAAUUAAUUGAUUUUGAUUCAAAGCUUUUUGUUAGCAUUGUUUAUAUUGAAUGUACAUGUUUACUUAAUCAUGUGGUAAAAGAAUAAAUAAAUUAAAAUGCAAAUUACAAUAAUC